AUGGCACUUUGCAGACAGACCGGCUCUGGCAGGCUCUGCCCCGGGCUCCUGCUGCUGCUGCUCUGGGCGGCUCUCGGGAGCGGGCUCCAUCCCGCAGGCACUGCCACGCCAGGAGCCAACGAGUCUCUGGCUGAGCGCCAGAACUGGACAGUGAUUGAGCCUGAGAACCUGCUCCUCAACCUGACUGCGGAUGAGAUGUAUAGUCUGAAAGCCUUCAUGUGCUGGGCCAAUUUCAGUGACUGGAUGAUGAACGUGACCAGGGUGCAGCUGUGUGAAUGGAGAGUCAUCAGCAGGCCAUACAGCGACCUCCGCCACUGCCUGGAGACCUUCGCAGAAAAACAGAAUUACGGUUACCCCAACAGCAUCGCCGAGGAGUGCAUCGUCCAGAGCCACUACACUUACUUCCUGAACUGCACCCAGGAGCACCCCGUCUUCCUCGACCCACCCGAGGACGUGCUGCUGGCCCUCAUCGUCACCCCCAUCUGCCUCAUCCCUUUCCUGGUCACCCUGGUGGUGUGGAGGAGCAAGGAUGGCAAGAUGCAGUCCUGA